AUGCAUACUUCGUUACUCAUAUUUCUAUCUCUGGUCCCUCUUGCCACGUCCCAAAUGAUCCGCCAGUGCGGAUGUGGAGAGAUUCAAGGAUGCUUGGGAACAGCCACUGGAGGAUUCAUGAAGUGCGCUGAUCAGUGUCAAAACCACGUAGCAGCCAUGGGAGCCAACUAUCCAGCAUUGAGACAAUGUAUGUUGGCGAAGGAGCCAGCCAUCACCAGAGCUGCCAACUGCCAGAAAUCGAACCUCCAGAAUGCAUGCUCUCGAUCAGGAGGUGGUAUGGUUCGCAAACGUUACCCAGAGACACUCAAACUUGCUGCAUUCACUGAAGUUAACUCGAUCCUGCAGAGAUCUGGAAUCCAAGCCGAAGCAAAGGCUUUCCUCUCAGUCGGAAAGAAGUUUGCCACUUGUGUUAUGAAGUGUAUGGAUCGUGGAUCAACUGGACACUGCUAUAAGAAACUCGGAUGCGGACUCGACCUCCCACCAGAUAGCGUUCUUGUCCAAUCCACCAAACAAUGUGCCAUCAACUCCGGAUUCGACACUGCUGGAGUCCGUCAAUUGUGUAACUGUGUGGCUGGAACUGGAGUCCGCAAUCUCGCUCCAUUGUGCAAUCGCAUCACGAUCUCUUAA